GGUUAGAGCACAGUUCCAUAGAGUUCUUCCACUCAACCAGUUAUGAAGUACUUCCUUCUAACCCUUGCAGUCUUGGCAGCUGGAGCUCUAGGGGCUCCACUGACCAAUCAGGCUCCCUCGAAUGAAGGGACUGUAUCCCACGGAAGGCCAGCCUGUCGGACUUCGGAGGAACUAACACUAAGACUGUAUCGACACAAUUGGGAUCCGUCCAAAUGGUGGGAAUGUACUGAGGCUGACCAGCCCGCUGUGAUGAAAUCCUGCCCACAAGGCGAACUCUUCUGGGAUGUCACAAAGACCUGUGUUCCGGAGGACAGAUGGGUCUGGACUGAUCCCCAUGAUCCACCCAGCUCUGCCGAUUGGGAUGGAGCUCCACCCGAAAGAAUCUGCCCUGGCAACAACCCAACUUGCCCCAACCCUUGCCCUACUCCCUGUCCACCACCUCCCUGUCCUACUCCGUGUCCUCCACCCUGUCCUACCCCUUGCCCUACCCCCUGUCCUACUCCUUGCCCUCCCUGCCCAGAAACGACUACUUGUCCAACAACAACGCCCUCAACUACAACAACUACUACUACGACGACAACAACUACAACUACGACCACAACAACCACAACCACAACAACAACCACAACCACAACAACCACGACUACGACAACUACACCCUGUCCACCUACUCCGUGCCCACCUACUCCGUGCCCGCCUACUCCGUGCCCGCCUACUCCGUGCCCGCCUACUCCGUGCCCGCCUACUCCGUGCCCACCUACUCCGUGCCCUCCAACACCCUGUCCAGAUCCAGAUACAAUGAUCUGCAGGUCGGAACACAUGGGCAUGCAAUGGCCAGGAACCCGUCCUAAUAGCUUCUUCGUAUGCCACACAAUUAACAUGCCAGCAAUCGAGAUGAACUGCCCAGCUGGCACUAACUUCGUGUUUGAAAGGCAAACAUGCGAAUGAAUAAUACUGACGACAAGUAAAGCACAAAAACCACAAGCAAGGACAACGCACUAAUUAUUCCACUGUAAAUUAUGCACAUGUGUACUAUAUAUGAUCUCCUCCCUUUGUUAGAGUCCCCUGUAGUUCCCAGUAGAUACCAAACCUUGUAGUAACAGUAUUAAUGAAAUAAAAAUUGCAUUGUAAAAAAA